UCUUCCAUAGUGCCAAGAACAAAGUACAGGAAAGAGAGAUGCUGAUUUGAACAAAUUUAAUGAGCAACAGACAACCUCUAUAGGAGAUUAUCAUACUUUUGAUGCUGGCUUUGGAGGUCUCAAUGAUUUAUCAGAACAAAUUAAGAAUUUUAGCAACAUUUCUAUCACAUCUUCUCCUAUCAAAUAUCCUAAACAAGAGGAUUACGGUAGAAAGUGUUUUAGCAUGAGUGCAGCUAAACAUCCAACAAAUCAGACUUCUAACAGAGCUACAGGAAGGCUAUUUGACUUUACAAGAGAAUCUAGGAUCAAGAAGAUUAACCAAUACCACCCUCAAAGGAAGAGAGGGCCAAAUGUUUUUUUGCUCUAUCUUAAGGAAAUCUAUUUAUUAUCAGUACACUAUGCAAAUUCAGUACUGCUAAACAGUCAUUAGGAAGGGAAGCCAGUAGGUACAAACACCCUAAAUAAGGACUCUAACACU